AUGUAUGUGGCCUUCCUGUGGAUGGCUUUGGCCGUCUUUGCGGUCGAUUCGAAGAUUCUGAAGGUGCCGUUGAUGAGAGUGAAUAAUAGUAAGGCCUUGAGUAGUAAGACUGGACCUGCUUAUGAUGUGUAUGGGCAAAAAUUGAGGAACGACAAGGAUUUGACGUAUAAUGGUGAGAGUUGAACGGUGAUUUUGAUAAUAUGCAAAAUUUUGGCUGAUUUAUGCAAUAAAAAAAAUUACGUAAAUUUUUGGUUGAUUUGAAUAAUGAUGAAAAAUUAUUUAAAUUUUUGGUUGAUUUGAAUAAUAAUGAAAAAUUAUGCAAAUUUUUGGCUCAUUCGAAAAACAGUGAAAAAUUAUGAAGAUUUUGUAAAAGACGUUGUAGUUGUAGAACGUUUUUCUUGAAGUAGCUGUAAAAUCAGUAACUCUCAUUUUCUAAAGCCAUAUUUUUUAUCAAAUUUCCAUAUUUAUGCAAAUUUUUUGCUCUUCACAUUGUUCGCUUUUAGGAGUUGUAAGUGUCGGAACUCCUCCUCAAAGCUUCAGAGUGGUCUUUGACACUGGCUCCGACAUCUUCUGGCUCCCAAAAAAGGGAUGUCGAUCCAGUGGCCCGCUAGCUUCUUCAUGUCGCUUUGGAAAAGGACUGUACAAUCCUGAGGGCUCAACAACUGCCGACAAGUUAGGGAAGUCGUUUCAUAUCACAUAUGGCACUGGGAGUGCGGUGGGCGAAUGGUGGAUGGACGAACUGUCGGUAAAUCAACCUUUUUUUACAAGUUAUUCCAACGUAGUGUAAUGUUUCCGCAAAAAAAAUAUUUUUUUUUCCGGACGAAAUUGGCUAGGACAGGGCUCAAAACAAAAAAAACUGCUUUUCUCUGACCGCUCUCUUCGUUUCGCCUACUCUCUCAGCCGCAAAAAUUGUGCAAUAUCUCGGCUGCGGUUGCGAAGCGCAAGCUAAAACUUUCAGGAAUUAAUAUCUAGCAUAUGCUCAAAAUGUGUGCAAGGUUUAAUGAAAAUCUGAGCGUUGCACUUGGAGCACUUCUUUUGUAAACCAUAAACAAAAUUUCCAAUUUUAUACAAAUCAGUUUGCUGAUUCGCUUUUUUAAGACCCUGAAAAGCGGCCACAUCAACAAAUGACGACUAAUUUUCAGUUCGGAGAUCCCAGCGGCGACCAACUCAAGCUCCCCGAAAAGGUUCAAAUCGGCGCUGCGACUCAGAUGACCUUCUCCGAUGAGGGCAUCCUUGGCCUUUCCUUUCCGGCCGCCAACUCUCCGAAACCAGUCUUUCAACGGGCCGUUGAAUUGGGCAUCAUGACCGACCCGGUCUUCACAACAUAUCUUCGUUUAUGCCCCACGGGCUGUGAAGAUGGGGGUGUAAUUACGUUCGGAGGUGAAGAUCGGGAACAUUGUGGACCUGUGACAGAUUGGUCCCCGGUGGAUGAUACGAAAAUGCACUGGAGAUUUGUUAUGAAUGGAUAUGAGGCGGGGAAUUUGAAGAAGGAGAGCGGAAUGACUGUGAGUCUUUUUUUAGAUCGAUUCUGAAUUAAAAUCGAUAUUUUUUACAAUUUUAACGCUGUCAAAAUUUUUAUGAGUCCUUGUUACUCCUUGUAGAAUGCCGUCUACAAAUUUGUUUUGACGAAAACCGAUAACUUUAACCAUUUUUACAUCAAAGCCCUUCAAAAUAUUCACCAAUAAUAUAGUUGAAGCGACAAAAAAGCAUUUUACAGGGUUAAAAUUCUCUUUUAAUCGCAUCGCAGCGUAUCUUUUACCCGUUAGCGACCUAGAAACCAUUUCUGACCCUUGAAACAGAAUGCCAAAAUUUGGCGGGAAUUUCCGUUAAAAAUUCGAUUUAUCAUCAUCUUGAUGACUAAAACAAGGUCCCAAUGACUCGAAAAUUUUCAGGCCAUCACUGACACCGGCACCUCCUUCAUUCUAGGCCCAAGCGCCGACAUUGCCAACAUUGCACGUCAAAUCGGCGCCGUCCGGCAACGCAACGGCGAUUAUUACAUCAGCUGCGCGCGCGACUUCAAAUUCAAGAUAAAGUUCGGCGAUAAUUGGUACCAGAUCAAAUCGCACAUGCUGAAGAUCUCGCUGGGACGCUACUGCCAGCUGACGAUGGCGGCCGCCGACAUUGGGUUCUGGGUGCUGGGGGACCCGUUCAUCCGACAAUACUGCCAAGUCCAUGAUGUGGAGAAGAAACGAGUGGGAAUUGCUCAAGCUUAUAACUGA